AUGAGCCUGGGCCUGGAGAAGGGCCGGUCCUCCGAGCUUAUUGGACUUGGCGGAGAACACGACUGGCAAUUACUUCAUACUUGUCCCAUUGGACAGUCCGCAUCAAUAGCUACCGCUGACCGAAAUGGUCUGGAUGCCACUUAUCAGCAUGCCUCAAAUAUCAGAACAAUGCGUAAAGUUCACGAAGGGAUAUUAUUCCAAAUGACCCCGGAUGCGGUAUCUUCCCAGCAUGCAGCUAAGAAUUUAAUGCAAGAGGAAGUGGACAUUGAUAACAUCGAAGCACUAGUUCAUCCUCACGGACCUGCUUUAGUCAACCUGUAUUUCCGCAUUAUCCACCCAUCAUUCCCUAUCCUGCACAAGGAGGUCUUUAUCGAAAAGUACAAUCGGACGUAUCGCGAAAUCGUCCCACAUUUACUGGCGGCUGUCUAUGCCCUGGCUGUACGUUGGUGGGCUUACGAUGCAGAUCUCCUUUUGGAGGAGAAGGUGGACGAGGAUGCGCUGGUCAGGAUUGCUUCCCAGUCGGUGCAGACUGCAAUGCACCACCCUCGGCUGAACACAAUUCAGGCAGGACUUCUACUCUUGCAACGUGGUCGAGAUGCUUCUUCUGCGGACAAUUCUUGGACAUGGUCAUUCACGGCUUCGCUGAUUGGGCUAGGUCAACAUUUAGGCCUUCAUCUUGAUUGUAUUGCCUGGGCUAUACCGGAUUGGGAAAAAGGUCUUCGACGGAGACUGGCCUGGGCAUUGUUCAUCCAAGAUUCCUUCUCUGCAAUGGUAUUCGGCCGACCCUGUCUGAUUUCGAUGAGGGACUGGGCCGUUGCGCCUUUGCAGACAUGCGAUUUCUCAGAGAACAGCCCAGACGAGGUUGCCGGAAGAGACGGUGGUGGUAGCUCGAGCAUAGAGAAUGGCAAGCUUCUCUUCAUGGAGCUUGCCAAACUAAGUACUAUCACUGCUCGCGUGCUGCAACAGCUAUAUUCAGUCCAGGCUCUGGCCACUGUGACCGAGCCCCAGCAAGUGCUCGCCCUAGGAAAGCCCUUAGGAAAUGAUCUGGCCGAUUUACUGAAGAACUUGCCACCUAAUCUCAAUAUUGAAAACCUGCAGCAAGGCCGGCUCUGCUUGAGCGGCUUUUUUCAUUUUGCACUUCAAGCUACCACAGCUGUCCUCGAUCGGCGCAUGCUUUGGGCAAUCCAAAGGUCCCCUGCCGGCGUUGACAGUCAAUUUGCCCAGAUUUUUCGGACCGCUCUACGACAACGUGCUUAUAACCUGGUCCAGCUUGUCUCUCAGCUACAACCUGAGCACAUGGAAGCGUUUUGGUUCUUCGCUGCCGGUAGCUGUGGUGUCAUUCUCGGUUGUUUUCUGGCGCUUCUUAGAGUGACCAGCACCACGCUCGAGGAAUCCGACGAACUCAAGGGUCUCAUGAAUGAGUUUGAAUGGCAACUUAGAAUCAAAGUGAGAAUGGGCAAGUGGGUGUUAUACACGCUUGCCCGAUUAAAGACUUUGGGCUGGGAUGAGUGGAAGGCCUUGGAGCCCGACUUUGAUGCCAUUCCAGGAGAUCGUCAGCGGCUUGGAGCUCUGCAGAGUAAUGCAGUGGACACAGGAGAUCCAGCACAUUCGUUGCUCUCGGCCAAGAACAAUGAAUCAUCGAGUGUGCCACUGCAAGAGAACAAUUCUGCCACAUGGCUGACCGAGGAACUUGAAGACUUGGAAAUUCCUUGGGAUCUUGGAGGAACCUGA